GUUUCCUCGUAUGGUGGCUACCUCACCUACCAAGUCAAGUCCUUUGGCUUACCUAGUGACAUGACUCUUCUGGGAAAGCAGCCAGAUGUGCAGCUCACUGGUCAACGCAUGUCCAUAAUUCAUAAGGAACCCAAUGACCCACGGCCAGACCGGCUGCACCAUGGGCAAGUGCAGAUGAUCGAGGGGAACUUCAGACAUGCUGGCAGCAGUGCCCCGGUGUCUAGGGAAGAGCUGAUGGUGGUGCUGUCCAGACUGGAGGGACUGCACAUCCGUGGCCUCCACUUCACCGAGACGCAGCGGCUCACCCUGGGGGAGGUGGGGCUGGAGGAGGCCUCCGACACAGGAAGUGGGCGCAGAGCACAUCAUGUGGAGAUAUGUGCCUGUCCCCCUGACUAUGCUGGUGACUCAUGUCAGGGAUGUAGCCCUGGAUACUAUCGGGAUAACAAAGGCUUAUAUACUGGACGGUGUGUUCCCUGCAAUUGCAAUGGACAUUCAAAUCGAUGCCAGGAUGGCUCGGGAAUAUGCAUUAACUGUCAACACAACACUGCUGGGGAGCACUGCGAACGCUGCAAGGAGGGUCACUAUGGGAACGCCAUCCACGGAUCCUGUAGGGUCUGCCCAUGUCCUCAUACUAACAGUUUUGCCACAGGCUGUGCUGUGAACGGGGAACAUGUGAGGUGCUCCUGCAAACCUGGAUAUACAGGGUCACAGUGUGAGAGGUGUGCACCAGGAUAUUUUGGGAAUCCCCAGAAAUUUGGAGGUAGCUGCCAACCAUGCAAUUGUAAUAGCAAUGGCCAACUGAGCACUUGUCACCCCAUAACUGGAGACUGUAUAGACCAAGAGCCCAAAGAUGGUGGCCCUGCAGAAGAAUGUGAUGAUUGUGACAGCUGUGUGAUGACACUCCUGAAUGACCUGGCCACUAUGGGUGAAGAGCUCCAUUUGGUCAAGUCGCAGCUGCAGGGCUUGAGUGCCAGUGUUGGUGCUCUGGAGCAGAUUCGGCUCAUGGAGACCCAGGCCAAGGACCUGAGGAAUCAGUUGCUCAGCUACCGUUCUGCUAUUUCAAACCAUGGAUCAAAACUGGAUGGCCUGGAAAAAGAACUGAGUAACUUGAAUCGUGAAUUUGAAACUUUGCAAGAAAAGGCUCAAAUAAAUUCCGGAAAAGCACAAACAUUGUAUAACAAUGUUGAUCGGACAACCCAAAGUGUAAAAGAGCUGGACACGAAGAUCAAAAAUGUCAUACAGAAUGUGCACAUUCUUCUUAAGCAGAUCUCCAGGACAGAUGGAGAAAACAACUUGCCUUUGGGCAACUUCUCCAGAGAGCUGGCAGAAGCUGAGCGCAUGAUGAGGGAAAUGCGAAGCCGAAAUUUUGGAAAGCACCUCAGAGAAGCAGAAACUGAAAAGAGAGAGGCUCAACUCUUGCUGAACCGGAUAAGGAGCUGGCUGGGAACUCACCAGGUGGAGAACAAUGGACUUGUUAAGAAUAUUAGAGAUGCUUUAAAUGAUUAUGAAGCCAAACUCCAUGACCUGCGGGCUGUGCUCCAGCAAGCAGAUGCCCGGGCAAAGCAGGCCGCUGGCCUCAACCAUGAAAAUGAGCGGGCUUUGGGAGCCAUCAAGAGACAAGUGAAAGAAAUUGAUUCCCUGCAGAGUGAGUUCACCAAGUACCUGACUACUGCAGACUCCUCUUUGCUGCAGAUGAACAAUGUGCUGCAGCUGAUGGACAAAAGCCAGAAGGAAUAUGAAAAAUUAGCUGGCACUUUGAAAGGAACAAGACAAGAACUGAGUGACAAAGUGAGAGAACUCUCCAGAUCUGCCAGCAAAGCACCCCUGGUGAUGGAGGCAGAAAAGCACGCACAAUCUCUGCAGGAUCUGGCAAAGCAGCUGGAAGAUAUAAAAAGAAAUGCCAGUGGGGAUGAGCUGGUACGCUGUGCUGUGGAUGCUGCCACUGCCUAUGAGAACAUCCUCAGUGCCAUCAAAGCAGCAGAGGAUGCUGCCAACAAGGCCACCAGUGCAUCUGAGUCGGCCCUCCAGACAGUGAUAAAGGAAGAUCUUCCAAGAAAGGCUAAGAGCCUGAGUUCUGACAGUGAUGAACUGUUAAAUGAAGCCAAGAUAACACAGAAGAAGCUGCAGCAAGAAAUCAGUCCAGCUCUCAACAACCUACAGCAAACCCUGGAAAUUGUGUCAGUUCAGAAGGAACUGAUAGACACCAACCUCACUACUAUCCGUGAUGAUCUCCGUGGGAUACAGAGAGGCAACAUCGAUAACAUCAUGAGUGGUGCAAAGACCAUGGUCAAAAAUGCCAAUGACAUCACAAGUGAGGUUCUAGAUGGGCUCAACCCCAUUCAGACAGACUUGGGAAGAAUUAAGGAUACCUAUGGAAGCACACAGAGUGAAGACUUCAACAAGGCUCUAACUGAUGCCAAUAACUCAGUAAAGAAAUUAACCAAGAAACUGCCCGAUCUCUUGAGUAAGAUUGAAAGUAUCAACGAACAACUGCUCCCCCUGGGAAACAUCUCUGACAAUGUGGACCGAAUACGAGAACUUAUUCAGCAGGCUAGAGAUGCUGCGAAUAAGGUCGCAGUUCCCAUGAGGUUCAAUGGUAGAUCUGGUGUCGAAGUCCGACUGCCAAAUGACCUGGAAGAUUUGAGAGGAUACACAUCUCUAUCUUUGUUUCUGCAACGACCUGACUCAAGAGAAAAUGGGGGGACUGAGAAUAUGUUUGUGAUGUACCUCGGAAAUAAAGAUGUCUCUAGGGACUAUAUUGGCAUGGCAGUUGUAGACGGCCAGCUCACCUGUGUCUACAACCUGGGAGAGCGAGAGGCUGAACUCCAGGUGGACCAGAUCUUAACUGAGAGUGAGACUCAGGAAGCAGUUAUGGACCGAGUGAAAUUUCAGAGAAUUUAUCAGUUUGCAAGACUUAAUUACACCAAAGAAGCCACAUCCAGUAAACCCCAAAAGCCCCAAUUCCAUGACAUGGAGAGUGGAAAUAGUAACACUCUCCUUGAUUUAGAUCCUGAAAACGUUGUGUUUUAUGUUGGAGGCUACCCACCUGAUUUUAAACUUCCCAAUAGACUGAAAUUCCCCCCAUACAAAGGUUGUAUUGAAUUAGAUGACCUUAAUGAAAAUGUUCUGAGUUUGUACAAUUUUAAAACAACUUUCAAUCUCAACACAACUGAAGUGGAGCCUUGUAGAAGGAGAAAGGAAGAAUCAGACAAAAAUUACUUUGAAGGUACAGGCUAUGCUCGAGUUCCAACUCAACCAAACGCUCCAUUUCCCACCUUUGUACAAACAAUUCAGACCACUGUGGAUAAAGGUUUGCUGUUCUUUGCAGAAAACCAGGAUCACUUCAUAUCCCUGAAUAUAGAAGAUGGCAACCUCAUGGUGAGAUACAAACUGAAUUCAGAGUCACCAAAAGAGAAAGGAAUUAGAGACACCAUCAACAAUGGGAAAGAUCAUUCGAUAUUAAUCAAAAUUGGGAAAGCUCAGAAACUUAUGUGGAUAAAUGUGGGGAAUAACCAAAACAUUAGAAUUGAAGGGGAAAUAUUUGACUUUAGCACCUAUUACCUGGGAGGAAUUCCAAUUGCCAUCAGGGAAAGGUUUAACAUUUCUACACCUGCUUUCCGAGGCUGCAUGAAAAAUCUGAAGAAAACCACGGGUGUUGUCAGUGAUGAUACUGUUGGAGAAGUAGUAAAAAAGUCUGCAGAAAGAAUUAGG